ACUUUAUAGUAAGAAGCAAGAACAACACACACAGUCACAGUGUAACAUUAAUCUUCCUUUUUCUUUUUUUCCUUAAAAGUAAAAAAUGACCUUAUUUUGAUUCUUCCUCUGUACUCUACAAAAAACCUAUCUUUUAUAAACUACUUCUCAUGUGCUGAGAAAGAAACCAAGUAUCACACAAGUAAAGAAAAGAAAAACCUGUGCCAAAGGCAAAAUGAGGCAUCUUCUUUACAUUUUCCUCUUCAUUGCCUUUCUCAGUUUUGCAGGAGCUGGUCAAGAAUCAACACCCAUUGAAGCUCUAAACCUCAACAACAAUCUCCUUCAACUUCCUCAAACCACUGAUCUUGAUCUCGCUGUUUCAGUAAGUGGCAACAAAACCAUCACUGAGAUUUCCUCAAGUAUCAUAAAAGCUGAAACUUGGCUUAAAACCCAUAUCCUCUCUCGUUACCCUUCCACCAAAAUCACCACCAUUGUUAUAUUUUUCCCUGAUUCUUGCCAAACCACACAACACAGCUCUGAUCUGGUUUUAUCUUCUUUGAAAAACAUAUACCAUUCUCUCACAAGAUGGGGUCUCGAGAACAACAUCAAAGUCUCCUCUGGCUUCUCUUACCAAUGCUUAAACAACCCAAAAAGCUCAGAAAUGUUCAAACCUGUUCUCAUCUUCCUCAAAACCAUAAACUCAACUUUCACCAUAAACCCACCUCAAAACUUCCUUACUUCCCCUCAUAACCAUCGUGAUCUGCUUCAUUCCGUUGAAAAGCUCGGAUCUUUAAGCUUCAACAAAGUCAAUUUCUUAAACCCUGAGCCAGAACAAGAAUCUACAACGACGAUGACAAGAAGAAAUCUAAGAUCUUUAGUCAACCUCAGCAGCAAAUUCACAACCUCUUUCCCAACAUUACCAUCUCCGUCACCAGAAACUUCACCAAUUCACUCCUCAAUUGGAUCUCCAUCUCCACCUACUAUACCCUAUUUCCCUGAACCUUCACAAUCUCCGAUGGAAUCAAAUCAAGGGAUCUCUCUUCCACCGUGCCUUCCUUAUCAUCCAGCGCCGUCACCGCAACCGGUAAAGAAGAAGAACGUGGAAGGGCUAUGGUGCGUGGCGAAACCUAGCGUAGCGGCAGAGACAUUGCAACAGUCUCUGGACUUUGCGUGUGGACAAGGAGGAGCCAAUUGCGAUGAGAUUAAACCUCAUGGUAUAUGUUACUAUCCAGACACAGUCAUGGCUCAUGCCUCUUAUGCUUUCAACAGUUAUUGGCAAAAGACUAAACGAAACGGAGGUACUUGCUCUUUCGGUGGAACCGCCAUGCUUAUCACCACUGACCCGAGUUAUCAGCAUUGCCGUUUUGUUCUGAGUUAGAGAUUUGUCAGCCAUUGAAGAUCUGGAGACUGAGAAACAACGGAAGCAAAGAAGAAUGAUGAUAUUAAUUUACUAGUUUAAAUCAAUGGUUUAACUCUUUUAUCAUUUAGGGUUUAACUUAAUUAUUGUUUACUUUUAAUCCGUCCUUUGGCCCACUUGUCACUAUUAAUGGGCUUUGUUUUACCGAAACCGAAAUGGGCCUUAUUUUAGCCCAAAUGGAAAAAAAUAAUCAAAAACUUAUAUCAGAGCCAGGUUUCGAUCCUGGGACCUGUGGGUUAUGGGCCCACCACGCUUCCGCUGCGCCACUCUGAUUGUUUUGAAUGUUUUAUAUCCAAGUUUUAUAUAAGCGUUAAAUAAACCUUGGGUCGUUUGUUUUUGUUGAUGGGCUUUUGGUCUGUCA